CUCGCGGGUGAUCAUGAUGUAUUGGUUAGCCAGAUGGGCAUGACCUGGCGGGCCGUGACAUAGAGCAGGCAUGAAGAUCUUCAGCAUCCUUGUGUUUCUGGUGCUGGUUUUAAAAGCAGUUGCUUCUGUGCCAGCUGGUUAUACGAUGGCCAAGCUGAACCAGUCCGUUACACUCCUCUGUACUGGGAGAUGUUCUGGAGUGAUGAAAUGGAUCCAGCCCCGGAAUAAAGGCGUGUGUGUGGCUGGGUGUGAUCAGACAUCCUGCUGGUCAGAGGUGGGCUAUGAACUCUCUUAUGAUCAGUACGUGAGGGGGAACCUGUCUCUCACCAUCACUGCAGCUGAGUACAGUAAGAGAACCUGGUACACGUGUCGAUGUGACGGCAGAGAUGUGUGUGAUGUGAUUCUCCGCAUCGAGCCUCUUGAGGUCACCAGACAGAUGAAGCAUGGAGAAGCUCUUCAUCUGGACCUGCCCAUCACAGAGAACGUUGAGGUGACCUUUAAGCAGUCAGCUGAUGAUGGCUCUAUCGGAGUGUGUACAGUCGAUGGGCGUAAACUUGAGUGUGACUCAGGAUAUAAGAGCAGAGCAUCGCUGAAGUCGUCUCUGACUCUGAGUGAAGUGAAGGACUCUGACUGCGGUGUGUACACUGUGCAGGACACCGAGAAUAAAGAGGUCAUCGCUUCCUAUACUGUCACAGGGUGUAAAGCAGCAGAUCAGGGUGCUGGGGCAGUCCCUGUGUCUCAGACUCACAAUCUCAGACGCCGCAGUGUUUCCUCCGAGGGGAAAUCAUGUCCAGAGCAGGAGAGUCGAAUGCCAGCGUGGGGGAUCGCACUGAUGGUGGUGAUGUUUCUGGUCAUAGCUGUGCUGAUGGGAGUGAUUGUUCAUCAGAAAAAGUAG